AUGAUGAAAACGCACGACAAGAAGUUAGCAGAACUGGCGACAACUAACUACGAUCAAUUUGAACUACGAAAUACUUCGUUUACUGAUGAAUACUUCAAUGACAAACGGCAACUAUUAGGCAAAGGUUGCAAUACAGAAGAGAAGAUUCAAACUACAGUUUGCACCUGUGGCCAUUCGAAUCAAUUGAGAUCAAGAAACCAUCGAGGAAUAGAUGUUAUUCCUAAUGAUCGAAUUUUAAACCAAAUGAAUGCUAUUAACGAUAUUAUCGCAAAUCUUGACCCAAUUAUUGGAUACGCCGAAGAGCCUCUAGUAUCUUUAACUGAAGCAUGUGCACCAUUGGUUACUAUUAUAGACAAUUUAUCGAUUUAUGUUCAGCAAGCGUUGAAUGAAACAGGCAAAUCACCAGCGGAUCGGCUAACAGUCGAUGAAAGUGCUGCUAUUCGUUUAUACACAUUUGAAUGGGAAGAUGGACAUUGUAGCCUCUACGCAGCACUUAAUCGAACACUGAAAACAGAUGCACGUCAUAACUUGCGACCUUAUUUUAAAUAUCUCAAAUUGUUCUUAACUGCACUUGCCAAACUAUCUUGCGUUCCUCCGCUCGUGCUGUGGCGAGGCGUCACGAAAGAUUUAAGCGUUCAGUUCCCACCUGGAACAUCAGUUAUCUGGUGGAGUUUUACAUCAUGCACAACAUCGUUACCUGUGUUACAAAACAAUAUGUAUUUGGGUGAUGAUGGAAAACGAACAUUGUUUUCCGUCGAAGCUAUUAAUGGUCGAGAUAUACGAGCGCAUUCACAUUUUGUCAAUGAAGAUGAAGUUCUUCUUUUACCUGGUACUCAAAUGAUCGUCCAAUCACAGUUUAGUCCAGCACCUGACCUGCACAUCAUUCAUUUGAAACAAAUUGUACCAGAAGAAAUACUACUGGAACCGCCAUUUCCGGGUGCAUGUCUUUAUCCUAAAACACGAUACUCCUGGUAUCGAAAGAAGCGAUUCGUCGUUCCAAUAUGUUCGUUAACUAUUUUGCUUAUCACAGCGAUUAUUCUUGGUUCUGUGUUAGGAACCAGAUCUUCAAAAUCUACUUGCAACAGACCAUUCGAAGCAUCCAAAAAGUAUUCCGUUGGAAGCAAUCCGUCUUAUGUAGCACUUGGUCACUUCAGAAACGACAGGGAGAUAGAUAUUGCAGUAACUAAUCGAGAAGUCAAUUCCGUUACUGUUUUGUUUGGUGAUGGGCACGGUACUUUCAAAUAUCCAUGGCUCUAUGACGUUGGCCGUGGUCCACUUUCUGUUCUAUCGUAUGAUUUCAACAGUGAUAAGAAUAUGGAUCUUGUCAUAACCAAUCAAUACAGCAACACGAUUGGUAUUAUGCUUGGAAAUGGUGACGGAUAUUUUCGACCGAUGCAGAAUUACGAUGUUGGGCAACAUCCAACUUACACUAUAGCAGCCGACUUCAAUAAUGAUACUACACUCGAUUUAGCGGUAGUCAAUUCUGGAGAUAACAACGUUAAUGUACUGCUGGGUAACGCAGAUGGGACCUUCCGAAGGUCUUCUAAUUACACGGUUGGUUUAUCUCCGACGUCAAUUGUGUCAGCUGAUUUCAAUGGCGAUGCUUAUUUUGAUUUAGCAGUCACUAAUUCUAAUGACGACAGUAUAAGUGUGUUACUGGGUAAUGGAAACGGAAGUUUUCGCGAUCAGCUGAAAUAUUCAGUUUCGUCAGGUCCAUACUCAAUUGUAGCAGCUGACUUUGACAAUGAUCACAGAAUCGACCUAGCAGUGGCCAAUCAAGGAGACGACACUGUUAGUGUAUUACUUGGCAUAGGUGACGGUGCUUUUCACAGUCCAAGGAAUUAUAGUGUUGGUCGGAUGCCGCAGUCUAUCAUAGCAGUUGACAUAGACAAUGACAGAAAAGUAGAUUUAGCUGUUGUUAGUUAUGCUGACGCCACUCUUAGUAUAUUGCGUGGUAAUGGAGAUGGAACAUUUGAAACACGUAAAGCAUAUACAGUUGGCAAGUUUCCUUACUGUGUCAUAGCGGCUGAUUUCAACAAGGAUAAGAUAAUGGACUUCGCAGCAGCGCUGUACACUGACAAGAUGAUUACUAUCUUGCCAGGCUUGGGAAAUGGCACCUUUGCCAAUCGACUGAACUACACCGUUGGUCGAUAUCCAGCAUCUUUGACUUCAGCUGACUUCAAUAAUGAUAAUCAACUGGAUUUAGCAGUAGUUAACUACCGUGACGAUA